UCUGGAUCCGCCAUUUCCGGACAAAAUAUUUGAAAAUUGAUGCGGAGGACAACAGCUGCAGUAACCAAAAGAUUCUGUGUACUUAUGUACACAUUCCAGAAAUCUAGAGCUUAGAGGACAACAGUUUCAGUUUUGCUAUGGGUGACCUAAGAAACAAAGCUCUGAGAUGCUGUCAGAAAUGUAAAGGAGUCUUCCUGACUAUAACAAAGUUUAAAAGCCAUAACAAGCUCUGCUAUGGGGACCCGGUGGAUUCUGGUUGUAAGUUCUUCAUUGUUGAACGAGAUGUCUACCUCGAGAUACUCAACACUAAGAGCUCAACUGAGAGCACUGUUCUUCCUGAUCCAACCAAUAGCACUGAAAGCACGUCAAAAGGAAAAAUUACGAAACCCAAAUUGUUGGACCUAAAAUCUGAAGUUAAAGCCAUUGAACAGGAUAUUAGCUCUGAGAGUGAGGUACAAUCUCCAUCUAAAAGGAGAAGAAAACAUGCCAUUCCAUCUAGUACUGUCAUAGAAGAGGAGAAAGAGCAAGACCAAAUUGAUAAUGAAAAACAUUCUAAUGAAGGUUCUAAUAUUGAGACACCUUCUAAUGAUGAAUCCACUUCUAUUGGUGAUACUCCACCAAAUGUUAAGACCCCUUCUAUUGGUGCCAGUCCACCAAAUAAUAAGACCCAUACUAUCGAAGAUACUCCAACACAUAAGGACAUCCAGACCCCUUCUGCAAAAUACAGUCUUAGAAAGGGAUCUUACAUGAGAUUGAGAGUAAAACUGGACUCCAGUGGAGUGUUACCAACUCCUAAUUUUGGUGAUGGGGCAAAUAAUGACUCCAGUGACAUUGAUGCUGGUGCUGAGAAUAAUGAAGAUGCUACUGAUACUGAGGAGUUUCCAAAUAAAGUCAAAGAGAUGUAUAAUGAAAAGUUGGUUGGAACAGGGAAGAAAGGCAGAGGUCGACCUAGGAAGUUCAAUGUUGGAGAUCCGCAGCGUAGGACACACUAUUAUGAACCUAAAAACCAAGUUGAUGUGGAGUUUCAGUUCGAUAUGAUAGAGAAGAAUAACAAAGAGGUUAAACAGUAUAAGUGCACAGCCCCAACGUGUAAUUAUAAAACAACAAGUCUCGCCUUUAUGAGCAGACAUUACUCCAGUCAUAAAGAUGGUGGAGAAUUUGUUUGUCAGGUUUGCCAGUACAAAACAGUGAGUGGGCGGCUAUUUAGGGUCCAUGAAAAACUUCACACAAAACCGUUCUCAUGCCAGUAUUGUCCAUUUAGAUGUGGAAGCAGGCGUAACCUCACGACACAUCUGAUGAGACACGAAGGUGCAUACCCACUGAAGUGUGAUCAUUGUGAUUAUGCCUGUAGACAGGCCAAAUCUCUUAGAGAACACAUGAGGAAACACACAGGAGACCAGUUGAGCUGUGAUGUCGAGGGAUGCAACUUUAAAACCAAUUACAGUUGGGCAUUGACCAAUCACACUAACAAUAAACAUUUACAUCUUAAGACUUAUGUGUGUGCUACAUGUGGUCAUAGCACUGGCUGCAAAACAGGCUUUGACAGACACAUCAAAGUCCAUCUCGGAAUCAGGAACUUCAAAUGUAGUGUAUGUAACUAUCAUGGCAUCUCAAAAAGUGACGUAAAACGCCAUCAGAGAACACAUACUAAAGAAAAGGUGUAUUUUUGCGAUCGCUGUGAAUAUUCCUCCUCUCAUUACUCAGGUAUCCGUCUUCACAUCAUGGGACACGAAAAUAUUAAACCAUUUAAGUGUUCACAUUGUGAUUUUACUAGUGCUCAAAAAUCCAAGGCUCAAAUACAUGUGAAUAACAGAACUUCUAAUCCGGGAAGUGGACACCGUGGAGCUCGAGUUAUAAAUCUUGGUUACAAAGUUGACAACAAAACAAAAUAUUAUAAACUUUCCAAUAAGGCUGCCAAGGAUCCUGAUGAAACCCCUCAUGACAUUGGUAUAUUUCGCUGUCAACAUUGUCCAAUAUUUUCUCGAACUGCUGCUGGAUUACUUCAACACAACGCCAUCUAUCAUAGUUCUCAUGAAUAUAAACUUGUUGAAAUAAGCUCCAGCGAAAUCCCAGCUGAGAUUCAGGACAUUGAAUCGCAGAUGGAUGGUUUACAAGAACAAAGCUGCAAAGUGGAAACAAGUAGCAAUGAAGUGACUGGUGAGACUCGCUAUAUUGUUCAAAAUGACCAGGAUACCACUGUCAUUGAAACAGGUCAUGAAGCAACUGUUGUUGAGAGUGGUGAGGUCGUUGAGAGUGGUGAAGUGGUUGAAGGUGAAGAUAUUCAUAAUUAUAUCCAAGUUUAUGAGUCAGUAGAUGGAGAUAAGUUGGAUGAGUCUGGAAUGCCUGUGAAUGCGGUUUAUGUUCAAGAGGGAGAGGUUGAUGGGCAGACUGUAUACAUACAAGAGGGUGACACUGAGGAACCACAAAUUGUUGUUUUUACACAGUAA